AAACCUACCAAAUACACGUAAUUAGUAUGAAUGUAUUUACUUCAGAGAAUUUUCUUUACCAUAUGAACGGCUUGAAUUAGGAUUGAAUAACCCACGCACCGAAGUUAGGUUGCUUUAGAUCAGUGCUUCAACUUUUUUUUCUGAAAAGUUGCAAAAAAGCUCCCUUGCAGGUAGUACCUCAGGUAACUGAAAUACUUUUUUUUUCUAGGCAACAGUUGCAAAUCCUUGCCUUGCUCUCUUCAUGAAACGCCAGGCAAUGAAUAUUCGUAUCGAGUUUAACAACUAACGCAAAAUUGCUUUUGACAUCGAUGGGAUCUACGUACCUACUAUCUGGAACUUUCUCUACUAUUAAAGUUGUGCGCGUACCACAGGCUGGAAACCACAAUAGUACCUAAAAGGACUACAGAGAAGGCUGGAACGAUCGUAAAAUUCAUCUUUACUGUCCAUUAACUUGAAGGCAGGAAUCUAAUUUGUGCCCCAUAAGUGUUUCAGGCUGCUCUAUUUAGAGGUCGUUUCGUGUUGUCGUGUCCUAUGAGAUGGACGUACCGCUCCUGUUUUACGUGCUUUUCGUCGCUAUAGGAACUUCAGCCACCAUGCAGCACAACGAUGGCAAUGGCGAGUCAUCUGCAUUAGGCCACAUCGGUGAAUACGAAGAAUCGUUCCACCGGUUUCGAGCCGAUCUGACGCACUACCUCGAUGAUGCCAAGAAUCCUUUGGCCUUCCAUCCUUCCCUGCCUGAGCGCUACACCGAACUGCUCACAUUCUACCUCAACCGAUUUCCGUGGGUGCGGCACAAUGCUCUCCGCAUGGGCAUUAUCAAAAUAAAUAUUAGAUCUUUAAACCUAACUGAGAUGUUUGGAUCCCAGCCGCGAAAAUUUGACUUUAUAAAUACUGAGCCACAUGAAACUGAGCCACAUGAAACUGAGCCGCAUGAAACUGAGCCACAUGAAACUGAGCCACAUGAAACUGAGCCGCGUGAAACUGAGCCGCAUGAAACUGAGCCACAUGAAACUGAGCCACAUGAAACUGAGCCACAUGAAACUGAGCCACAUGAAACUGAGCCACAUGAAACUGAGCCACAUCAUACUGAGCCACAUCAUACUGAGCCACAUCAUGCUGAGCCACAUCAUACUGAGCCACAUGAAACUGAGCUUCGUGAAACUGAGCCGAAUAAAACUGAGCCACAUGAAACUGAGCCUCGUGAAACUGAGCCACAUGAAACUGAGCCACGUGAAACUGAGCCACAUGAAACUGAGCCACAUGAAGCUGGGCUACAUGAAGCUGUACCGCGUGAAUCUAUCCCGCAUGAAUCGGAGUCACAUCAAAUUCAGCCUCUUCAAUCCUCAAGAAGUGAGCUUCCCAAAUCAGAGUUUCUUCAGUUUUAAGUGUUUAUAAGGUCUGGUCAACUGGUCAAGGUCCAACAGAGAACAAACUUCAAUAAUGCUUGCUUCUGGAAUACGGAAAACCAAAUUAUGCUGCUCUUCAGUCGAGAAAUUUAGUCAAAUAUUAUAUGAAAUAUUCAAUGAAAUGCUUGGUCAACCAAGUACGAAAUCAUUGAGGACCUGAUGCAGUGCUAUGCAUGAAGCUCACAGUCCAUGGUAUGGGUAUGGCCUAUGAUGGUAGGAGAAUGAUAGUGUGAGAAAUAUGAUUUAGACCACAGUCAAAAAGUUUUCUAUAUUUGCAAUUAUCUGCUGUAAAAAACUGACUAAAUUUGAUGGUUAACUGAGGUAUAUUGGUUUCCUCUCUCCUUUUUUCACCAAUUAUUUUGAACAAAUUUCCUCUAGCUUUACGUAUAUAGUGUCGAUGCAUAAGUCAAUAUUGCAACAUUUAGAGCCUCUGAUAAUUACAAUUUUGGAAUAUAAACUAAAUAUAUAGUCUGGAUUGUAACGUACGGAUACUUCCAAAAGAUACGUCUAUAUCUACCAAAUGCUCGCUUCAUAAGGAAAACAUAAACAUAGCCGAUUAAAUUUUCUUAAAUUUACAAGUAAAAGAUAAUUCGUCAUAAUUAUUCAAGGCGGAAAUUUACAGUAUUUAACGUAGCCCCUAUUCAACUCACAAAAUUUACCAUCAACCUAAUAAAUAUAACUCUGUACUCACUGCACUGA